AUGAAGCGAACUGGUAAGGGUAUCCGCAAAAAAGGAGUGUCUCAGAAAUUUCCGAAACCAGCGGUCAAUCAACGAAGUGAAACAAAUACGUACAACGCGGACUCCAUUGGAACUAACUCCUUUCAAAAGUGGAAUGUACCUAAAAUGAGGCCUUCCUCGACAUGCGUCUUUGCUCUGCUGCUUUCCAGAGCUCUUGCCAACCCGACAGUUCUGGCCAAGUGGGAAAACUUCAAAGUCCAACAUGCGAAACAGCACCCUCCUCAUGAGGAGCCUGAACGAAUGGAAGCCUUCUUGAAAAAGGAUGCCGAGAUUGAGGCUCACAAUGUCCGGUAUGCUGCUGGUCAAGAAUCCUAUUCUCGCCAACAUAGCCAGUACUCAGAUCUGACCCACGAGGAGUUCCGCAAAUAUGCUCUUGGCUUUGUGCCCGCCGUCAACGCCUCGGAGAUUCCCCACGUAGAUCUUGAGAUGAUGCCCGGCCUUCCCGAAAGCUUUGAUUGGAGAGAGCAGGGAAUCCUUACCCCCGUCAAGAACCAACGGUACUGCGGAUCUUGCUACGCCUUUUCAGCAGCUUCUCUUCUCGAAUCCUACAUAAAGUGGAAGAAUCAGAUGGACCUCGACCUCUCUGAACAAGAUAUUAUUGACUGCUCCUACAAAACCUAUGCAGGCGGAAGAUUCAACAAUGGAUGCAGGGGUGGAUGGCCCUCUGCCGUCCUCCAGUACUAUAAUAGCAAGGAUAUUGUCUUGGAGAAUACUUACCCUUAUACUUCUGGCAAAAACGGAAGGCAUGGGUCGUGCAUGCUUUAUGAGCCCAUCAACAAUGUGGUCAAAGGCAAGCUCCAUGUCAGGCACAUUAGGGUUCGUGAUGAGAACAGAAUCCGUGAGAUCCUUGUUUCGAAGGGACCCUUAAUUAUUGCCUUAGCCGCAGAUAACAAAUGGAAACGCUUUUUCGAUGACCUUGGAGACGGUGUCUAUGAUAACGACGAAUCUGUCAAUGCUCGUCCUAACCACGCAGUCCUCCUUGUCGGCUACGGUACCCAGCAAGGAAAGGACUACUGGAUCAUUAAGAACUCAUGGGGCGACAAAUGGGGUGUCAAUGGUUAUGGCAAGAUUCGCCGGGGAAGAAAUAUGUGCGGCAUAAAUACUUUCGGUGUUUUUUUCGUCGACUAAUGCUUUCUUUGGAAUGAAAAAUAACUUCGAUUCGAUGUAAUAAACGUGCAAAAAUAUGCCGUA